GCGGGAUAAUGACAUUGACAAAUUGGAUAUGUUGUCAAAAUGUUGUCAUUUGUUGAUGUUUUUGCUUUUUGUAGUUAAGAACAAUAGAUGCUGUUAAAAUUAAUAAACAUUUUUAAUUAAUACGUACAUUAAAACAUUAUAGAUAUAUAUUCUAGAUGAUUUUUAUAACUAAUUGAGGUAAAUAACUCUUGAAAUGGCUUCAAAUCGCCAUAUACGGGGCUACAGGCAAGCAAGUAAUUUCACUUAUGUCAGCCCUUGUGUUAAAUAUUUAAUAUUCUUGCUAAACUUUAUAUUUUGGUUAUUUGGCGGACUUCUUAUAGGCAUUGGUCUCUAUGCCUUUGUUGAUAAGUGGCAAUUAACAGGCUGGGUGAAGCUAGAAAAUGUGUAUGAUGUUAUUUUAAAUGUUUCUUUAGUAAUGGUUAUAAUGGGAGGUGUUGUAUUUAUAGUCAGUUUUGCCGGAUGCCUUGGAGCUCUUCGAGAGAAUACCUGUCUAUUGAAAUUUUAUUCUCUCUGUUUACUGAUCUUCUUCCUUAUGGAAAUGGGUAUUGCAAUUCUUGGAUUUGUUUUUCCACAUUCAAUGCAAUCUCUUUUGGAAGAGAAUUUUACUGACAAAAUAAUUCAUACAUACAGAGAUGAUCCAGAUUUACAAAAUUUCAUAGAUUUUGCUCAACAGGAAUUCAAAUGUUGCGGUCUUAGUUCAGAAGGAUAUAUGGAUUGGUCAAAAAACGAGUACUUUAAUUGUACCUCACCAAGUGUUGAACAUUGUGGGGUUCCGUUUUCUUGUUGUAUUAAUGCAACAGACUUGAGCUCAAGACUAGUGAAUAUUAUGUGUGGGUAUGGAGUUCAAACAUUAUCGGUGGCAGAAGCAUCAAAAAAAGUGUGGACAUCAGGUUGUAUUGAAAUAGUGCGUUCUUGGGCAGAACGCAAUUUAUAUACCAUAGCUGGAAUAGCUCUCGGAAUAGCUCUAUCUCAGCUCUUUGUUAUCUACUUGGCUAAGACAUUGGAGGGUCAGAUAGACUUACAAAAGUCAAGUUCUUCUAAUAAUUCAGUAUACUACUUUGAGGAAGUUUAUGAGGUUUCUAUGCCAAAUAUGCCGAUAUUUACUAACUACUAAGUCCUACAAAACGAUUUGGCUAUUUUCAAGAAGUUUUUACAUAAAUUUUAAUCUUGUUAUAAGAAUUUUAUUUUUUUUGAGCAUUUUUUAUAAGUGAACAAACUGUGUGAUAUUCAAAAUUGAUUUUAAAUAUAUAUUUUUAUUCUUAAAUUAGACUUGUAAUGAAUUAAUUAAUGAUGUUAUAGGAUAAAAGUCUUAUACAUGUAUCUAUUUAAAACUUAAUAAUGUAUUAAGGUAUUUUAAUUACAUAGUAUUUUAGGGUAAUAAAUAUUUCUAUUUAGAA